AUGGAAAAUCUUGAAUAUACCCAAGAUCCUGGAUGGCAAUUUUUGAGACAAUCUCAGGAACAGAUACUUGCUAAUACUACAAAGAAAUUUGAUAGUAAGAAAAAUGUCUGGAUUCCUGAUAAAGAUGAAGGUUUCAUUGCUGCUGAAAUCAAAUCUACUAAAGGUGAUCAACUUAUUGUUGUAACUGUUAAAGGAAAUGAGAGAACAAUUAAAAAAGAUGAUACCCAACAAAUGAAUCCACCUAAAUAUGAGAAGACAGAAGAUAUGGCAAAUUUAACAUUUUUAAAUGAUGCAUCUGUUCUUCACAAUUUACGUCAACGAUAUUAUUCAAUGAUGAUAUAUACAUAUUCUGGACUUUUCUGUGUAGUUAUAAAUCCAUACAAAAGAUUACCAAUUUAUUCUGAAUCUGUUUGUAAAAUGUAUAUGGGAAAAAGAAGAAAUGAAAUGCCACCACAUCUUUUUGCCGUAUCUGAUGAGGCUUACCGUAAUAUGGUUAAUGAUCAUGAAAAUCAAUCAAUGUUAAUUACUGGAGAAUCUGGUGCAGGAAAAACUGAAAAUACAAAAAAAGUUAUUUCAUAUUUUGCAAUUGUUGGUGCCUCUCAACAAAGUAAUAAAAAGAAAAGUGAUAAAAAAAAUUCAUCACUUGAAGAUCAAAUUGUUCAAACAAAUCCUGUUUUGGAAGCUUUUGGUAAUGCCAAAACAGUACGUAAUAACAAUUCAUCUCGUUUUGGUAAAUUCAUUCGUAUACACUUUAAUUCUGUUGGAAAAUUAGCUGGUGCUGAUAUUGAACAUUACCUUUUAGAAAAAUCUCGUGUCAUUAAACAAGCACCUGGUGAAAGAUCUUAUCAUAUUUUUUAUCAAAUAAUGUCUGGUGCUGUUAAAGGGCUAAGAGAAAAAUUAUUUUUAACAAAAGAUAUUCGUAGUUAUUCAUUUGUAUCACAAGCUGAAGUUACUAUUGAUGGUAUGGAUGAUAAAGAAGAAAUGCAAAUUACUGAUGAAGCUUUUGAUAUAAUGAAGUUUACUGAUGUAGAAAAAUUAGAAAUAUUUUCUCUUACUGCUGCUAUUAUGCAUAUGGGAGAAAUGAAAUUUAAACAAAGACCACGUGAAGAACAAGCUGAAGUUGAAAAUGUAGCUGAAGGUGAAAUUGCUUGUAAAUUAUUCAAGUGUGACUUUGAACAAUUUAUUACUGCUAUACUUAAACCUAAAGUUAAAGUUGGAUCAGAAUGGGUUUCUAGAGGACAAAAUUUAGAUCAAGUUAAUUGGUCUAUAGGAGCACUUAGUAAAGCAUUAUAUGCUAGAAUUUUCACAUGGUUAAUUAAAAAAUGUAACAAUACACUUGAUGCUCAUGAUCUUCCUAGAGAUUAUUUUAUUGGAGUACUUGAUAUUGCUGGUUUUGAAAUUUUUGACCAUAACUCUUUUGAACAGCUUUGGAUUAAUUUUGUUAAUGAAAAACUUCAACAAUUUUUCAAUCAUCAUAUGUUUGUUCUUGAACAAGAGGAAUACAAAAGAGAAGGAAUUCAAUGGGAAUUUAUUGAUUUUGGACUUGAUCUUCAAGCUUGUAUUGAACUUAUUGAAAAACCACUUGGUAUUGUUUCAAUGCUUGAUGAAGAGUGUAUUGUACCUAAAGCUUCUGAUUUAACACUUGCUUCCAAAUUAACAGAUCAACAUCUUGGAAAACAUCCUAAUUUCCAAAAACCAAAACCACCAAAAGGAAAACAAUCAGAAGCUCAUUUUGCAUUAGUUCAUUAUGCUGGUGUUGUUAGAUACAAUGUUACUGGGUGGUUAGAAAAAAAUAAGGAUCCAUUAAAUGACACUGUAGUUACUGUUCUUAAAGCUAACACUGGAAAUACACUUCUCUCUGCAGUAUGGGAAGAUUAUAAAACACAACAAGAUAUAUCUGAUGCUGCUGCUAGAAGUGGAACAAAAGGAGCCAAAGGAAGUGGUAGAAAGAAAGGAAAAUCAGCAUCAUUUAUGACAGUUUCAAUGAUGUAUCGUGAAUCACUUAAUAAACUUAUGACCAUGCUCAAUUUAACACAUCCACACUUUAUUCGUUGUAUCAUUCCAAAUGAACAAAAGAAAUCUGGAGUUAUUGAUGCUAGUUUAGUUCUUAAUCAACUUACAUGUAAUGGUGUACUUGAAGGAAUUAGAAUUUGUCGUAAAGGUUUUCCUAAUCGUGUUAAUUAUGCAGAUUUUAAACAUCGUUAUGCAUGUCUUGCAGCAGAUGCUGCUAAAGCUGCCAAAGAUCCUAAAGCAUGUGGUGAGGCUAUCUGUGCAUCACUAGAAAAAAAUGGACAAUUAAAACCAGAAGAAUAUCAAUGUGGUUUAACCAAAGUAUUUUUCAAGGCUGGUGUCCUUGCUCAAUUAGAAGAAUUAAGAGAUGAAACAUUAGGAAAAAUUAUGACAAAGUUCCAAUCAGCUUGUCGUUGGUAUCUUGCACAAAUUGAAUAUAAAAAUAAACUUAAUCAACGAAUUGGAAUAUUAGUUAUUCAAAGAAAUAUUCGUUCAUGGUGUACACUUCGUACAUGGCAAUGGUUUAAACUUUAUGGAAAAGUUAAACCACUUAUUAAAGGAAAUAAAAAAGAUGAAGAAUUUGAAGCAAUGGAAAAGAAAUGUAAAGGACUUGAAGAGGCUAUUUCUAAAGAAGAAACAUUAAGAAAAGAAAAAGAAUCUGAAAAUGCUAAAUUGAUUGCUGAAAAACAAGCAUUGAUGCUUCAAUUAGAACAGGAACGUGAAAAUAUUCAUGAAGGUGAAGAAAGAUCAGCCAAGUUAUUGGCACAAAAAACUGAUGUUGAAAGACAAUUGGCAGACUUGAAUGAACAAUUAACUGACCAAGAAGAUAGAUACAAUUCAUUAUCUAAAAUGAAGAAAAAAUGUGAAACUGAAGUUGAAAGUCUUAAAAAGAACUGCCAAGAUUUGGAGAUGACAAUUAAAAAACAAGAAAAUGAAAAGGCAAGUAAAGAUCAUCAAAUUCGUUCUCUUCAAGAUGAGCUUAAUUCACAAGAUGAAAAUAUUUCUAAAUUACAUAAAGAGAAAAAAAAUCAAGAAGAGACUAAUAGAAAAUUGAUGGAAGAUUUACAAGCCGAAGAAGAUAAAAUUAAUCAUUUGAACAAGGCAAAAAAUAAAUUGGAACAAACUCUUGAUGAAUUAGAAGAUUCUCUUGAAAGAGAAAAAAGAAUUAGACAAGAUACAGAAAAACAAAAGAGAAAGAUUGAAGGUGAAUUAAAAGUUUCUCAAGAAAAUAUUGAAGAGUUAACAAAACAAAAAAUUGAAUUGGACAAUAAUGUUAAGAAGAAAGAAAAUGAAAUUACAGCACUUGCAUCUCGCCUUGAGGAUGAACAAUCUUUAGUAGCUAAACUUCAAAGACAAAUAAAAGAAUUAUCUUCCAGAACCAGUGAGUUAGAAGAAGAACUUGAAAAUGAAAGACAAGCUAGAGCUAAAGCUGAAAAAGGUAGAAAUGAGAUGCAAAUUGAAUUAGAAGAAUUAGCUGAUAGGUUAGAUGAGGCUGGUGGAGCAACUCAAGCUCAAAUGGAAUUAAAUAAAAAACGUGAAGCUGAACUUGCUAAACUUAGAAGAGACUUAGAAGAAAGUCAAAUAAAUCAAGAAACAUCUAUUGCAACUAUAAGAAAAAAACACACUGAUGCUAUUAGUGAAUUGUCUGAUCAAAUUGAUGCUAUACAGAAACUUAAAACUAAAGUAGAAAAAGAAAAAAUUGUUGCUACUAGAGAAUUAGAAGAUGCUCAAAAUAAUUUAGAUGCUGAAGUUAAAAUGAGACAAAAUACAGAAAGAAUUUCAAAACAAUUAGAAAAUCAACUUACUGAAGUUCAAUUGAAGAGUGAUGAACAAGCUAGACAAAUACAAGAACUUCUUGCAUAUAAAAAUAGGUCUAUUUCUGAGAAUUCUGAACUUAACAGACAAUUAGAAGAUGCUGAAAGUCAAAUAGGACUUCUUAAUAGAGUUAAAUCACAAAUGCAUACUCAAAUUGAAGAAUUAAGAAGACAAUUAGAACAAGAAACAAGAGAAAGACAAUCAAUGACUUCAUCAUUGUCAAAUUAUCAACUAGAAUGUCAACAACUUAGAGAAGCAUUAGAAGAAGAGCAAGAUAGUAAAACUGAACUACAACGCUUGAUUUCUAAAGCUAAUUCUGAGGCUCAAGCUUGGAGAGCUAGAUAUGAAGGUGAAGGAAUGUCUCGUUCUGAAGAAUUGGAGGAAGCCAAGAGAAAGUUACAAGUUAAAGUAGCAGAAAUGCAAGAAACAAUAGAAAAUACCAAUGCUAGAGUAGGAACAUUAGAAAAAAAUAGAAAUAGACUUCAACAAGAAUUAGAAGAUGCACAAGUUGAUGCUGAUAGAGCUAAUAGUUUAGCAAAUUCUCUUGAGAAAAAACAAAAAGGAUUUGACAGAAUUAUUGAUGAAUGGAAACGCAAAUGUGAUUCACUUGCUAGUGAGUUAGAAGCUGCACAAAGAGAUACCAGAAAUGCUUCUACAGAAGCUUAUAGACUUAGAAAUGCUUUAGAUGAAGCUGGUGAACAAUCUGAACAAAUAAGAAGGGAAAAUAAAGUUUUGGCUCAGGAAUUAAAGGAUCUUCAAGAUCAACUUGGUGAAGGUGGUAAAAAUGUUCAUGAAUUACAAAAAAUGAGAAGACGUUUAGAAAUGGAAAAAGAAGAACUUCAAACAGCUCUUGAAGAUGCUGAAGCUGCAUUAGAAGCAGAAGAGUCUAAAGUAAUGCGCGCACAAAUUGAAAUUACUCAAAUAAGGUCAGAAAUAGAAAAAAGACUUAAUGAAAAAGAAGAAGAAUUUGAGAAUACUCGAAAAAAUCAUCAAAGAGCACUUGAAUCAAUGCAAGCUUCUCUUGAAACAGAAGCACGUGGACGUACAGAGUUACUUAAAAUGAAAAAGAAACUUGAAUCAGACAUUAACGAAUUAGAAAUAGCAUUAGAUCAUGCUAGUAAAGCUAAUAUAGAUGCACAAAAAAAUAUAAAGAGAUAUCAAGAUAGUGUAAGAGAAUUACAAGGACAAUUAGAAGAAGAACAACAUCACAAAGAGGAACUUAGAGAUUCUCUUAAUCUUAUCGAGAGAAGAGCACAAAUACUCCAAUCUGAAAAAGAGGAUCUUGUUAUAAAUUAUGAAAAUGCUGAAAGAGCAAGAAGACAAGCUGAGAUUGAGUACGCUGAAGCUAAGGAAACAGUUAAUGUUCUUACUAAUACAAAUGCAGCUUUAUCUGCUGCCAAAAGAAAAUAUGAAACAGAAUUACAAACAUUACAAGCUGAAGUAGGAGAAACAUUAAACGAACUUAAAAAUUGUGAUGAUCGUGCCAAAAAGGCUUCUCUUGAUGCUUCAAGAUUGGCUGAAGAAUUGCGUUGUGAACAAGAACAUUCACAAAACCAAGAACGUGCUAGAAAAGGUUUAGAACUACAAGUUAAAGAACUUCAAGCACGCCUUGAUGAAGCUGAGGCUUCUGCUCUAAAAGGAGGAAAGAGAAUGAUUAGUAAAUUAGAAACUCGAAUAAGGGAACUUGAAAAUGAACUUGAUAAUGAAUCAAGAAGACAUAGCGAAACACAAAAGAAUUAUAGAAAUAAAGAUAGAAGAGUUAGAGAAUUACAAUUCCAAGUUGAUGAAGAUAAAAAAAGUAGUGAAAGAAUGUAUGACUUAGUAGAAAAACUUCAAGCUAAAAUAAAAACAUACAAGAGACAAGUUGAAGAAGCGGAACAACUAGUUGCUGCAAAUUUAAAUAAAUAUCGUCAACUUCAACAUAUGCUCGAAGAUGCUGAGGAAAGAGCCGACGUUGCUGAAAAUUCUUUGGCUAAAAUGAGAGCCAAAAGUCGUUCACAAAUAGGCGGUAGAAGUGGUCUUCUUCAUUCAAUGAGUUCCUCAGGACUUGGUGCAGGUCUUGGAACAAGAUAUGGAUCUCGUGGAGAUUUAAUUCAAAAUGAUGAAUAA